AGGAGACGACGUCGUUUGGACCCCACUACAUGUGAAUGGUUGAAAUGUAAUACUGAGCAACAUUAGGGGUAUUUCUCAGUCCAGUCUGCUUCUACUUCCAUUGCUUGAGUGUGUAAGAUUGAUAAGAGCAGAACCCAAAGUUGACCAAAGCCUAAAGAGGUCUCUUCUGGGCUCACCCAAAACCCAUUUCAAGCUGUUUGAAUUGUACAUACAAGAAUGGGUGUUGCUGCUCUAACCCAGAGACUAUGCAACUUUGAAAUCCGGAGACUGGUGUUGAUAAUCGGUGUGGCGGUUGUUAUUGUAGUUGUGAAUCAAUGUUUUGAGCUUCCUUAUGGUAAAAGAUUUUACUUUUCACCUGCUGAUACUGGUUCAGCUUCAGUGGUCACAUUGUUGGGUAAUGUUACUGGUUCAAAUGAUUUGGAGUCUGGGAAGUUUGAUGUUGUUGGUGUAGUGGGGAUAGUGGUUAAUAAUACUGGUGGUUUAGAGUUGGAGGAGUUUGAGUUGGAGAAAGAUGCAAGUAAUGUAACUGUUGAGAAGAGUUUUCCGGUGGGAAUCAAUACAAGUGAAGAUGAUAUAUCUAGUGCGGAAAAGACAAUAGAUUUUAGACAUGAUUCUGUACCGAGGGACAGUAGAAUAGGUGAGAGUUACAAGUUAGACAAUGACUCUAAAACAAGCUCAGCGAGUGAAUUUCAAAACGAAGCUGGGAUUGUGUUGGUUGUAUCUCAAGGAGCCGCCAGAAAUAGUCCGGGAAACAUAAAUGCAGUUUCAAAGGGUAACUUCGAACAAACUACUGAUAUUCAAGUGGAGGAUAAGAAGACUGAGCCAUUGCAAUCUGUUUCAGUCACCUUGCAUGAUAAUUCGUCAAUGACUAGUAUUUCAACACUAAGGAAGUGGAAUCCACGACCAACAUCAAUAUCCCAGAUGAAUUUGUUAUUGCUUCGAACCCCCAUUUCUUCUAGUUCUAUGAACCCACGGCGGUAUUCCACACGUGAUCGUGAACUUCAAUCUGUAAAACUGGAGCUUGAGAAUGCUCCUAUCAUAAGGGACAAUCCCGGGCUCAGUGCAUCUAUUUUCCGAAAUCUUUCCAUAUUUAUAAGGAGUUAUGACUUGAUGGAGCAGAAGCUCAAAGUUUAUGUUUAUACGGAAGGUGAAAAGCCCAUAUUCCAUCAGCCUUUGAUGCGGGGGAUUUAUGCCUCAGAAGGAUGGUUUAUGAAACUAAUCGAGGGAAAUAAAAGAUUUUCUGUGAGGGACCCCAGAAAAGCUCAUUUGUUCUAUUUACCCUUUGAUUCGCAUAUGUUGAGGUUGAAACUUAAUGGCACUGGUAAGCAGGGUCUAGAAAAGUAUUUGAAGCGCUAUGUUGGAGUAAUUGCAAAAAAGUAUCCAUUUUGGAACAGAACAGGAGGAGCAGAUCAUUUUCUUGUUGCUUGCCAUGACUGGGCCCCCAAGAUCACAAGCAAGAACAUGGGGACUUGUAUCAGAUCUCUUUGCAAUGCCAAUGUUGCUAGAGACUUCAAAAUUGGCAAGGACACCAGUCUACCUGUUACAUAUAUACGUUCCGUGGAGGAUCCUCUGGCAGAUCUUGGAGGAAAACCUGCUUCAGAAAGAUCUAUUUUGGCCUUCUUUGCCGGGGGCAUGCACGGCUAUCUCCGACCGAUUCUCCUACACUACUGGGAAAACAAAGAGCCAGACAUGAAAAUCUUUGGCCCGAUGCCACGAGAUAUUGAAAGCAAAAGACUUUACAGAGAAUAUAUGAAGAGCAGCAAGUACUGCAUCUGUGCCAGGGGUUAUGAGGUACAUACGCCUCGAAUAGUUGAGGCCAUAUUCCAUGAGUGUGUGCCAGUCAUCAUAUCAGAUAACUAUGUGCCUCCUUUCUUCGAGGUAUUCAACUGGGAGGCAUUUUCGGUUUUUAUACAAGAAAAGGAUAUCCCUUACUUGAGAAACAUUCUGCUUUCUAUCCCGGAUGAGAAGUACCUGAUGAUGAAAUCGGAAGUAAAGAUGGUGCAACAGCAUUUCUUUUGGCACAAGAAACCUGUCAAGUAUGACUUGUUUCAUAUGAUACUUCAUUCAGUUUGGUACAAUAGAAUUCUUCAGAUAAAGAAAUAGAGUUUUGGGUUUUCUGGUCAGCUCAAUUUG